AUGGCAAUACUACUCCCAAGUAUUUUCAUGCUCCAGCUGUCCGGAGGUAAAUACUUAAGCCUAACUAAGAAUAACUCAUCUGAAGGGUUGUUGAAGUUCGAUGAAGAAGAUAUACGGAGCCCAAGAGCCAGGUUCGCAGCCGAGCCAGCUGGAGAAACCGGCCGCAAGCUGUUUCACAUAAGGUCGGUGUUCAAUAAUAAGUAUUUGGUGGUGAAGCAAAUUAAUAAUUCAUCGUCAUCUUGGAUUGUUGCGUCCGCCAAGACAAAAGAGGAAGACGUAACAAAAGGCACGUUGUGCACCCUGUUCGAGCCAGAGCUUGAUGAUGCUACUACUACUACUGGUGUCCGCUUACGCCACGUUGGGACGGGGAUCUCCGCAACGGCCUACUAUUCAAGCCCAACGACUGAUGAAGAGGGGGUGCUGCAGCUACUAUUAUCCGGGGAUGAUGAUGUUGGAUCAUUAUCUUCUUUUAUUCUAUUGGAUACCAGUGAGUUGAUGCUCCCCUCUCCAAUCGUGUUCAGAUCUCAACUCCUGGAUGGCAAAUACCUUAAUAAUAUUAGGCAAAAUAAUGUAACAUAUCACCAGUUCCAGUCCGGAUUGUAUCUCGGAAGUGGCGGUCUUGGUAAGCGUCUCACGCCCAGAGGUGGUGGGAGAUAUUUUAUAAGCGAUGAUUUCGGGUUCUGGAGAAUGACGACUGGCGGCUGGCUAACGGCUGUAACUGAUGAGUCUAGUGCUGGCGAAUAUUAUUUUAUCCACAUUGAGCAAGACAAUGUGUUUGCUCUUCGUCCACAUCCUGGAGGUGGAUUGUGCGGUUCAAGCACCGAGGGCCAGCUCGUCGACUGUUUACGCGUGAGGUCUAUGAUGACACCCGAGACGAAUUUGAUCGUCGAGGAGAUUGUAGUUAAAAGAGAGAUCAAAGAUGUCGUAUACCGGCUCUCUGACGCAAGAAUUACCGAUGAGACUAUUCAAGAAAUGGACUAUGAAUACGGAACCAACGAGUCCCAAGACCACGACGACACCAUGACCUUCAAAUUUUCCGCAACUGAGUCCACGACUCGUAGCUGGAGUAGCAGCGUGUCAGUAAACGUCGGGGUUAAGGUGGAGUUCGAAGUCAAUUUCGUACCAUUCGUCACGGGGACAAAAGUCGAGCUGUCAAUGGAAGCCGGAUAUGCAUACGAGUGGGGAGGGUCCGUGACAAGAGAGACCACAAGAGAAGGGAGUUACACAGCUACGAUUCCGGCUAAUAAGACUGUCAAGGUGACCAUGUUGGUUGCAAAAGGCAUUUGCGAGGUUCCUUUCAACUACACUCAGCGUGAUCUUACACCAUACGGUCAAUGGAUUGAAACGUUAAAGGAGGACGGCCUUUUCAGAGGCAGCACCUCCUAUGACAUUCAUUAUUUGAAGGAAGAAGCAACCCCACCCGCCACCCAUCGCACUAAAUGA